AUGCUGGCUUUUGCCGACGGGUACAAAGAAAUUCCAUGGCGGCAGGGCGACAAGCACCGCAGGAGGAUCUGCGGGACGGGGCUCGGGGUCAGGGCGGUGACGGCACACGACUCCUUCUCGGUGGAGCGGGCGGUGCUGAGCAACAAUGCCCAGGUGCUGUGCAUGGGCGAGCGGGUGAACGGGCUGGAGCUGGCACGCAGGCUCGCCAGGGAGUGGCUGGGCUACGCGUUUGACGACAAGAGCCCCAGCACCAGCAAGGUCGAGGCAAUCCGCGACCUGGAGAGGGGCGCAGGGUGA